AUGGUGAAACUGGGAAACAAUUUUGGGGAGAAAAACAACGCCAAACCCGCCACGGAGGAUGGGUUCGACACCAUUCCACUUAUUACACCGCUGGAUGUAAAUCAGUUGCAGUUUCCUCCACCGGACAAGGUGGUGGUUAAGACCAAAACAGAAUAUGACGGACAGAAGAAGAAGGGAAAAUUUCGCUCUCCUAAAAUUGCUGAGUUCACCAUCAGCAUCAUCGAAGGAGUAUCUGAGCGCCUGAAAGUUACCCUGUUGGUGAUUUGUGCUCUGGCAUUUCUGGUGUGUGUGGUUUUCUUGGUGGUCUAUAAGGUGUACCAGUAUGAGCAGCCGUGUCCUGAUGGAUUCAUGUACACGCAAAACCGCUGCAUGCCUGCGGGGGUGUACAGUUACUACCCCCCCCAGGGUCCUGCCGGGCGAGGCCGUCUCUUCACCAUUAUUAACCACUACAAUGUGGCCAAGCAGACCAUCACUCGCUCCAUUUCUCCAUGGAUGAGUGUCCUUUCUGAGGAGAAAGUCUCUCAACAGGAGACUGAGACUACACAGAAACUGGCCUGA